AUGGAAGGAAGUGGAAUUUCUUGUUUUCAUUCAGCCUUGUAUGUGAGAACAGCCGACGUUGCUUUUGAUCAUCGGAUGUUAUUGAUUGGAAGAGAAAAUGGGUGGGUCAAUAGGGUCGUAUUUUCAUACAAAGCUUUGGAAGCUUCGGUGAUGAACGAUGAACGUGUAGUAGUGAAUCCGAUGAUCAAAAACAAUGAUGGUGCUGAUUCAAACAUUUUUCUAUUGAUUGAAAAUUAUAGAAUUCACCAUCGUGAUCGGGUCAAUUCUAUUCAAUAUAUACCUGAUUUGGAAAUGGCUAUUUCUUGCUCGGAUGAUCGAGUUUUCUUUUGGAAAUUUGGUGAAAAUUCAAAACAAUUAUCAAACACGAAUGCAUCUCCAAAAAUUGUGUUCAAAUAUUAUGCGAGUUUCAAGAGAAAAAGUCGUUUUUUUGGAGUUUCAGUAUUUUCGUCAAAUAUUGCAGUUGUGUUGUGCGAAGAUGGAACUUAUUCUGCAUUCUCGUUGAGUAAAGAAAGUUCAACAGAAUCCAAGUGUGUGAACAUUUUAACAAAUGAACAAAAUAGUGUUGAAACAAAGAAAACACCUCACAAAUCAAUACCCAAUGCAAAACAAAGUAAUGUUAGUAACAAAAAAUUGUUACACAUAGCCUGUCAUGACAUCAAUGAGUCCCUUUGGACGUUAUGGGAUGAUGGCUCUAUUUUAUUGCUGGUAUUGCAAAAAAACGAGUUCCAACCUUGGAUACGAAGGUUAAGAAUCAGGAGUUCCAUAGAACAAUUUAAAGGUCAACAAUUACUGGAAUUGACAUUUCACCAGACGGAUUUCUGUUAA